AUGAACUUUCAAGGCUACAGUCAGUCCACCCGGUGGGCAAAACAACAACAUCAACAACCUAGCACCGUUGACACGUAUACUCAGCAACAACAACAACAACAACAAUUGGAUUACCAGCAGCUCUAUCAUUGGUCAAGCGACCUCUGUUUCCUUUCACCGUUCAAUGAUAUUGGUAGAGAGCAGCUGUAUGAUGACAACGACGAAAGCCGCCAACCUACCAACCAUAAUCAAAGCAUUGCGAUGGCUGCACCCUCCUCUCCUUUGUAUUCCCCUUCUUCCGGCUGUCACUAUCUGGAUUCUGCUGGCGAUGAUGGCAUAGGAUUUACUUCCUUAUCUUCUACGGGCUACUUUGAUUGUCUUACCCCUGAUGACGCCGCCGGUAUUGCCGCCGCCGCCGCCGCAUCUUCUGAUGAUGAUGUCGCGUGUAAAGAUGAGGCUGUCGGUCGCUUUUUUGGUUGUAAUCAUAUCACUACGGAGGCAGCAUCAUGGGAUCCAGAAGUAGAAGACGAGCAUAGAAUGCAUCACCAUAGUAACAAUGAGCUUAGUGAACACCAGGGCAGAGAUGAUAUUGUCAUGGAGGAAGCACCGCUCAUGACAAGUAGUAACGAUGAUGCGUACAUGCAGCUAUUUUUGAACAGGCUAAGCAUUGUAUCUGAGGAUGCUCAACCAUGUGUCGAGCUUUUCAGUCGUUGUCAACCUACAGGGAGCCCUCCUUGCGAAGAAACACGAAACCAAGAGUCUGAAACAACAACAAAACCAACAAACGUGAUCAUUCCAGGAAGCACCUCACUGUCAAAUCUUUCUGAUUUUAUGCUAUUUGAUGACAACCAUCAGCAGCAGGAUAUUAACAUCAAUCAUGACGGUGGCCGAAUGGCUUCUUAUUGGAAUAACAGCAGGGUGCCAAUGAAUCAUAAUGGUAGCUUACAAGAGCCCCAGCUCGCUACAAACGUACAACGGACGUCUUUUGUUUCUACUACUACGGCACCCGAAGGGCAUCGGCAACAGCAGCUUCCUCCGUCUCGUGGCGACCAACUAGUGAGAUCGGUCUUAUCAUCCAAUGAUCUACCACCGGGGAGAUCAUUUGCCGUGGAAGGAGAAGAUGGCUGUGGAGAAUUGAAUCUCUGUAGUGAUCAGGAGUAG